AUCCUUUCCAGUCUACACACCAACGUAAUUUCGUCACAAACAUGCGGGAAAUCUAGCAGGAAAAGAGUAAGCAUGAUCUAUCUACAGGGAUACAUCAUGAGAGUCAGCUAUGCUGCCGAUCUACCCAUAAUAACUCUACCAAAUAGCGCCCUCACCGGCGUCCAACUCACCAAUGACAAGGACUAUGCCAAGUUCACGUCAUAUGAAGCACGUAUCCCGGCCGAGACUACCGUUGCGCUGAGAUCCCCAGACAGCGAGCAAAGCGUCCACAUCUAUUACUGCAUUAGCGGGAAGGGGAAAUGCGUCGAGGCUGGCGGUCAAAACCAACGGGAGAUUUGCCCUGACACUGUGAUGGCGCUCUCUUCGGACGUCACCUAUGAGUUGAAAGUGUCAGCAGAGGGCGGCAUGCGUCUGUUCCUAGUCUACUAUCCAGACGCCCAGGUGGUCUACCGAUCGCUUGCAGUGGUGCGAAGUCUGUCAGAGGUAGUUGGGACUGACAGGGAUAUCGACUGGGGAGGCGGCCACAGCCGGCGAUAUCUCAUCAAACAAGAUGGCUUCCCUCUGGGUAUUCACAACACCUGGGUGUAUCCGAAGACAUGUUCCCGGAUGUGCUAUAUGAAUCACAUCGAGGGUGCGUACUACAUAGCAGGGAAAGUAACCUACGAGUGGCAGGAUACCAGUGGGGAUUGGGUUCACGCCACUACGAAAACGGAUAGCGCGAACGGCACCAAUUACCUCAUGAAUAUGCAUGACUGUCACGUGGUCAAAGUCCAUGACGAAGAAGCCUUGUGUAUCUGUAUCUUUGAUCCUGUUCUGACAGGGGAUGAGAUUCACCAUCUAUCAGAAGGCGGUUUCUCUGGAUACAAAUCAUAGACCUGUAAGCCUUAAUACUGAUAGCUCAUGCUAACUCAUACUUUUCUUUACGAUGCUUUGGUGUUCAAGUAGAGCAAUAAUUAUUUUGCAGCAACUCUUGAAAUCUUAUACACGGCCAAUAUUUUUUUCCGUGUACGAUAAAAACGGAACCAUCCAUCUUAUGCUCACUGGAUCUCGGCACAAGGUGAAGGGAAUUUCUUAGCUUUAUUACCAUGCUAAUACAUAGUAGAUCCGUGUCGAGGAUGGCAAGUGUGAGAUCUUUCAGGAUUUUUCCUGAUUUUAGGAUUUUGCCUGAUUUCAGGAUUACUAGUUCCUGAUUUCAGGAACUUUUAAAGAAUCCCUUUUGAAAUCUGGAAUCCCUGAGGUUUUACCGUAAAGGUGAUUUUACAUGUACCUAAAAAGGCAAAUAAAAACGUAUACAUGGGACCCUCUGCCACCUUCAAACAUUCUGCCGAAUACCAAUUAUUUCGUGUGUGUUUUUUCCCUUCAUUUUUCCUCAAUUUCACCCCUGGGAUGGAUCGUGGCGCUCGAACGACACACUCAAAUUCAAUGUUUGUCCAUUUAUAACUAUCAAUUUUUAACAUUAAAAACUUUCAGAAUAGGAUAA